AUGGCGCCCGGUCUCCUCGCAGAAUCUGGUCAAUCGGCAACGAGCACUCCUAAACCAUCACCAGCGCCAAGCACGAUUCCAGCGACUUUAUCGAACUAUGAGAAUAAUUCGGCACUGCUACACCGAUCCUUGAACGAACAUCCACACGAAGUCACAUAUGCCUCUGGAUGCUAUCUGACCCUGUCCAAUGGGCGCAAGAUUCUCGAUGCUUGUGGCGGUGCCGCUGUAGCGGUUUUGGGGCAUGGAAAUCAAGAGGUGACGGCAGCUACGGUGGCACAAAUGAACAAGGUGUCAUAUGUUCAUACCGGCUUCUACACAACCAGCUCAGCCGAGGACCUGGCCGAGUGUAUCCUAUCCGAAUCCAUGAAUCAUGGGCUGGAGAAGGCAUACUUUGUUGGCAGCGGCAGCGAGGCCAAUGAGGCAGCCAUGAAGCUCGCGCGACAGUACUUCUGGGAGCAAGGACAGACACAGCGAACGCAUUUUGUGAGUAGGCGAUUGGGGUACCAUGGAAACACCAUCGCAUCGAUGUCGCUAUCUACGAAUAUUUCACGGAAGGUGCCUUAUGACGGCGCAAUCACAUUGCCGAAUGUAUCCUAUGUCUCACCAGCAUAUCCAUAUCGCUCUCCGCUUCAGGAUGAGUCAGACGAAGCUUACGUUGCCUAUCUCGUAGAAGAUCUCGAUGCCGAGUUCCAGCGCAUCGGACCUCACAACGUGAUUGCAUUCUUCGCCGAGACAGUUGUGGGUGCUACUUCGGGCUGCGUCGCUCCGCCCCAUGGCUACUUCGCUGCUGUACAAAAACUGUGCGAUUCGUACGGCAUACUCGUCAUUCUCGACGAGGUCAUGUGCGGAAUGGGUCGGACGGGGACGUACUUUGCCUUUGAACAGGAAAACAUCCAGCCUGAUAUUGUGACGAUUGGCAAAGGGCUCGGCGGCGGCUUCGCACCCAUUGCUGGGGUGUUGAUUGGCAAAAAGGUGGUGGAUGUGCUGAGGCGGGGCACCGCGUCUUUCAAUCAUGGUCAUACGUAUCAGGCACAUCCUGUAUCUUGCGCAACGGCUCUCGCCGUACAACAGAUCAUCCAGCGGGAUCAACUAGUUCGACGAUGCGCUGAGAUGGGUGUAUUGCUAGACAGUCUGUUACGUCACGCCUUUCAGGGUUGCAGAUUCGUGGGUGACAUACGAGGACGAGGGUUGUUCUAUGCUGUGGAAUUCGUCGCGGAGAGGAGUAGCAAGACGCGAUUACGACCUAGCUUGAGGUUUGCUUCGAGAGUACAGUGUCUUGCUUUUGAGAAAGGAGUCGCAAUCUAUCCAGGCCCGACCAACUCAGCAGGAACCGAGAGUGAUCACAUUCUCCUUGCGCCACCGUACAACAUCAGUGUUGAUGAGCUCGAAAAAGUGGUCAAGGCCUUGAAGGAAGCAUACUGCGAAGUCGAACAGGAGGUGGAGCUACUAUACCUACAAGAGAAAUCUGUGGCACUAAAGCUAUAG